UUUUCUCUUGUACUUGUGUGGUAAUAAACGAGUUUCUUUCUUUCUUUCUUUCUUUCAUAGUAUCACAAUUCAUCCAAGUUAAAAUUCUUAUUUCUUUACUGAGAAUAUAUUUACGUUAAAAUCAACAGUUUUACCUUAUUAAUACAAGCCGCAGAAGUCUCACCUUCAACUCCCAAUCACACCUAAGCAACACUCUUCAACCAACUUGCGAGAGUUCUUUCCUGAUUUAAGAAAAAAAAUAGACAAAAUCAUAAUGUUGUAGAAAAAUGAAUUAAACGGCUGUUGCAUAUUUUAUCCAAAGACUGGCGCAAUUAAAGAAAAUGGAUCGUGGCAAAGGAGCGCAGUAUCUUGUAGCAUUUUCUGUGUCGCUGGCAACACUGACGAUGGGUACGUCAUCGGCGUGGCCCACAAUCGUUUUGCCGCGUUUCCACCACAACGAAACAAAUGUUCGAGUUACAGAUGACGUGGCGUCUUGGAUGGUGCUGCUGGGAUUUCUGUCUGGCAGUCUAGUCACUCGGUACAUUUCUGAUAAUUUUGGCCGCCGAGUUACUGUGAUAGGAAGUGCAGCGCCUAUUGCAUUUGGAACGAUAUUUGUGAUAUAUUCUUCUUAUGGUUGGAUGUUGUGUAUUACAAAGUUUCUCUGGGGUUUUGGUACAGGAAUGUUGUCCACCGUGAUAACAAUGUAUUUAGUAGAAAUAUCGUAUAAAGAGCUCAGAGGAUCAUUGAACGUAGUAACAAGAUUUAUGUUUAAUUUUGGCAAUUUGCUAGUGAUGUGUGUUGGUUCAUUUCUAUCGUACGAAGUUUUGAGCUAUUCGUUGCUCCCUUUGCCUGUAAUCUACUUUCUCGCGUGUUGGUGGAUACCUGAAUCACCAUAUUACUAUCUGAAGGAAGGUCGAGUGAACGCAGCGAGAGAUGAAUUGGCGAAAUUAAGAAAUUCAGACGUUAAUGCAUUAGAAGAAGAAUUACAGAUAAUGCAAAAUGGUGUCAAGAACGCAAUGCGUAGUUCGAGUUCCGCAAAGGAACUGUUCACUGGCAAGCAGUACAGGAAAGCUGUGAUUAUAGCUGCUGGUAUGAAAAUGACGCAAAUUCUGACUGGCGGCAUGGCUAUACAACAAUAUUUGAUAGUCAUCGUGCAAGAGAGCAAAUUCAAAAUGGCGCCUGCGACAAUAUCCAUUGUGUUCGGAGCUGUCAAGUUUGGUGUCUCUUUGAUAUCAUCAACUUUGGUGGACAGAGUUGGACGUCGACCUUUGAUCAUUUACUCACUCCUCGGCACUGGCAUCUCCUAUGCGGUCAUCGGCUUUUACUUCUUCUUAUUAGACGUUGUUCGAAUCGAGCACGAAUCUCUUAGUCCUUACGGAAUACUCACAUUUAUUGGAAUCCUUAUUUCAACCAUAGUAUCUACUUUAGGCUUCAACUCCGUUAUAGGAAUCGUUCCCGCAGAAAUCUUCCCUUUAAAUGUAAAAGCGGUUGCUAUGACGUCAUUGAAUAUUCUAGGGGGAUUACUAGGUUUCGCUGUAGGCAAAGGAUAUCAACUUAUGAAAAAUUUACUUGGGUUAACUGGAGUUUUUUGGAUAUUUGCUUUCGUGACGUUUAGCGGCGCUGUAUUUACGUAUUUUUAUGUACCCGAAACACGUGAUAAGAGCUUACAUGAUAUACAAAUUUUGUUACAAGGUGAUUUGUAUAUAGAUAAUGCGAACGUUAACAAAGAUAUAUUAGUAGAGGCUGAGUUGAUUGAGUUGAACAGAGUUAAGGAUGUUGAGAAUAAAUCUUAAUGUAACAUUAGUAUCUACAUAGUUAUUUAAUUAAAAAACCGUGGGUUUCUGAGU